AUGUCUACUGUGAAAACAGCAUCUAAACCAAGAAAUUAUACUACUAGCGAUGCUGCCAAGGACUACCCCUUACACUGGCUUGUCUGGAAUAAUCAAUAUCAAGAUCUGGAAGCGGAAUUAAAUAAGAAGAUACAUGAUCUUGAAGCCUUAUGCCCCAGAGGCCGUACUGCACUCCAUUUGGCCGUUACAUUAGGUCAUCUUGAGAGUGCCAAAGUCCUUCUCCGCCAUGGAGCAAAUGCAAAUGCUGAGAACCGUUCAUAUUGGUCAGUACUUCAUGAAGCCACGGGCACUGGUGAUCCAGAAUUGGUUCAGCUGGCUCUUAAGUUCCGGGAUUACCAAAGAUACAGCAAACGCUCGGCUGGAAUACCAGACCUGCUCCAGAAGUUAAAAGAAUCCCCAGAUUUCUAUGUGGAAAUGAAAUGGGAGUUUACCAGUUGGGUUCCAUUGGUUUCUCGGGUAUGUCCCAGUGAUGUAUACAGGGUGUGGAAAUGUGGUUCCAAUGUCCGAAUUGAUACAACAUUGUUGGGUUUUGACAGUAUGAAAUGGCAGAGAGGAAGUCGAAGUUACAUCUUCAAGGGAAGAAGUCAGUCUGCAGUGGUGAUGGAAGUAGACCAUGACAACCAGGAGGUGUAUUCAGAAACUAUACAAAUACAACAAAUGCCAAUGCUGUCCUCCAUGCUCGAACCAACCGAAGAGGAAGUAGCUGCUAGACUCACCUCACCUAUCAUGACUACUUUCAUUGAUACAGAUAAAAUAGCAUUUGAAAGAAAUAAAUCAGGGAUAUGGGGCUGGAGAAGUGACCGUUCUGAGAUUGUAAAUGGAUAUGAAAGUAAGGUAUUCAGUGCCUCCAAUGUUGAAUUGGUGACAAAGACCAGAACUGAACACAUGACUGAGGAGGAUAAGGAACGUAGCAAAAAAAUUAACAAAACUCCUCUGGAAUCCUUUCUGGGAGUUGCUGAAGAAGAAAACAAAGCUCAGGGAGCAACAAAUGGCCCAGACAUCCAAACCCUAUCAUACAACCCGUCCUCUAUCAAGCCAGAGGAAUAUUUUGAUGAUGCAUGUGAUCUUGAGGAGCGAGACAUUGGACGCCCAAUUGAACAAAGCAGUAAAGCUCAGCGUUUCAAAGCCACACUGUGGUUGUGUGAGGAUUAUCCUCUGUCCUUACCUGAACAGGUCGUCCCCAUCAUUGACCUUAUGGCAGCCAGUAAUGCUCACUUUAAAAAAUUGCGAGAUUUUGUCACCCUGCAAUUACCUGCUGGAUUUCCAGUUAAAAUUGAAAUUCCCUUAUUUCACGUCCUUAAUGCCCGCAUCACAUUUGGCAAUAUAUUUGGUGCUGAAACACCGGCCCUUGGUGUGACCUGCCUAGAUGAAGAUAAAAUGACCUGUGUUGUUGAUGAUUCAGUGUUUCAACCACCAGCCGAUUAUAACCGUGGGGGUGACAACAACCACGAACGGUUGACCCUUCGUUCUGAUGAUGAAGAACUCCUUCAAUAUGCAAUUCAACAAAGUAUGAUUGAUGCUGGGACAGAAAAUGACCAGGUGACAUUCUGGGAAGCCCUAAACAAAAGCCGACCGUCCACAGGAAAUGCCUCCAUGGAAGAGGAACGCUUAUUACAGAGGGCCAUUGCUGAGAGCAUCCGGAUGUCCGGAUCUGAACUGGAUGUUGGGAUGAAUCGUCAAAUAAUCUCCGAGCCAUUAUCUUCGCCAACGUUGGAAAAUGAUGAUGAACAGUUGCGGUUGGCAAUGGAAAUCUCACAGAAAGAGCAGCAGGAGGAGGAGCACAGACGUAAGGCCGAAGAAGAUGAACUUGAACGAAUCCUAAAACUAUCACUUACUGAAAAAUAG